CGCUGCUCAGCUCCCCGCUCCUCUUUCUGUCGGCGGCGGCGGCGACGGGUGAAUCUCCCCCUCAUCUCCUUCCGACGGGCUCCAAAACCCCCCGUUUUUCCACCAGUUCCCCCCCCUGUAUUUAUCAUUUCCAGCAUGGCCGCGGUCGCCCGGCUCGAGGGCCGGGAGUUCGAGUACCUGAUGAAGAAGCGGGCGGUGACGGUGGGCCGGAACUCGUCGCAGGGCUCGGUGGACGUCAGCAUGGGCCACUCCAGCUUCAUCUCCCGGCGGCACCUGGAGAUCUUCACCACCGGGGACGACGGCGCGGCCGGCGCGGGCGGUGCCGGCGGGGGGGACUUCUACCUGCGCUGCCUGGGCAAAAACGGCGUGUUCGUGGACGGCGUGUUCCUGCGCCGGGGCGCCGCUCCUCUGCAGCUGCCGCGGGUCUGCACGUUCCGGUUCCCCAGCACCAACAUCAAGAUCGCCUUCACGGCUCUGUCCAGCGGGAAGAAGCUGAAGCGCGAGGCGCCCGAGUCGCCGGUGAAGGCGGUGCAGCCGAACAUCUCCCCCCUCACCAUCAACAUUCCCGACAACAUCGCCCACCUCAUGAGCCCGCUGCCGUCGCCGACCGGCACCAUCAGCGCCGCUAACUCGUGCCCCUCCAGCCCGCGGGGCGCCGGCUCCUCCGGCUACAGGAUGGGCGGGCGGAUGGUCAGCUCUGCAGAGCUGCAGCUCAUCAACGACAACUCGCAGCCGGAGAACGACAAGGACGCGUCCGGAGGAGACAGUCCCAAGGACGACUCCAAACCUCCGUACUCGUACGCCCAGCUGAUCGUCCAGGCCAUCACUCUGGCCCAGGACAAGCAGCUCACGCUCAACGGCAUCUACAACCACAUCACCAAGAACUACCCGUACUACCGCACGGCCGACAAGGGCUGGCAGAACUCGAUCCGCCACAACCUGUCGCUGAACCGCUACUUCAUCAAAGUGCCGCGGCUGCAGGAGGAGCCGGGCAAGGGCUCGUUCUGGAGGAUAGACGCGUCGUCGGAGGCCAAGCUGGUGGAGCAGGCCUUCAGGAAACGACGGCCGCGGGGCGUCCCCUGCUUCAGGACGCCCCACGGACCCCUGUCCUCCAGGAGCGCGCCGGCGUCCCCCAACCACUCGGGGGUGCUGUCCGCCCACUCCAGCGGCGUCCAGACCCCCGACAGCCUGUCCAGGGAAGGAUCGCCGGUCCCCCUAGAGAUGGAGACCUCCGCCCCCCCCGCCCCGAUCCCCACCGCCACGGUGCAGCCCAAGCUGGCCGUGAUCCAGGAAGCUCGCUUUGCACAGAACACAGCAGGCUCGCCUGUGAACAGCCAGCCGGUCCUCAUCGCGGUCCAGCGCCAGUUACCUCAGAGCAUCAAGCCGGUGACCUACACCAUGGCGUCGCCCGUCAGCACCAGCUCGUCCCAGCCGGCCGUCCAGACCGUCCACGUCCUGCAGCAGAUCCCGGCCGGCUCCACCGUCAUCGCCCAGCCCGCCGCCAUCAUCAAGAGUGAGGCGCACGAGAACGGAGAGCACACGGAGGUCAAAGUGAAAGUGGAGGCCGUCCCCAGCCUCGCCUCCAUAGGAGCCUCCAGUCGGAUCUUCCAGAGCGGCUCGGCGGCGCCGCUGCAGACCGUCACCAUCGUGCAGCAGGCCCCCCUGGGCCAGCACCAGCUGCCCAUCCGGGCCAUCGCCCAGAACGGCAUCCACAGCGUCACCACGGCCCUGCAGGGGGUCAGCUCAGGUGAGACUCUCGGGAUCGGCCGCGGCGGACCCCGGCUCCGCAUCGUCACGGCAGCCAAGGGACCCCCGUCAGCCCCGGCGGCGGCGAGCCCCCUCCACCUGCUGGCGGCCCACGCCUCGGCCUCCGCCUCCCUCCCCACCAAGAGGAGGACCCAGCCGGCCGGCGACGAGCCCGACGCCAAGCGGCAGAAACCGGAGCACGAGGCGGCGCAGGACUCGGAAACGCCGGCGGCCAACGAUCAACCCAACUAGCCCCGCCCCCGUCCCCACGACGACCACGCCCUGUAGCUCCCUAUCAUGUAAUAAUUCCUGAAAAUGUAAUAACAUUUUCACUUAACUCAAUCGAAAAUGUAAUAAAAUCUUAUAAUGUAAUAACUUCACCAAUAAUGUAAUAAAAUGUCCUGACUGAUAUUGUAAUAACAUUUUUACCAAUAAUGUAAUACCUUAUUACAUUAUUGGGAAUUUAUUGCAUGGUACUCAAAGUCUGCAAUUUAACCCAAUAUUCAUUCUGAUGUUUCAAAUCCAGCGUAUAUAACAUUCUUAGAUUCUUAAAACACAAAAUGUAGAAGUCUGGACUGAAACUGAACAUAUAUAUUACAUUAUUUGUCAAGUAUUACGUUAUCAGUUUUGGAAAAAAAAAAAAAAAAGACCCAGCCGAAAAUGUAAUAAAUUCCAAUAAUGUAAUAAGGUAUUACAUUAGCGGUAAAAAAGUUAUUACAAUAUCAGUCAGGAUAUUUUAUACCUUGUUACAUUAUUGGGAAUUUAUUACAUUUUCACGUUUUAAGUAUCUAAGAAUGUUAUAUACGCUGGAUUUGAAACAUCAGAAUGACUAUUGGGUUAAAUUGCAGACUUUGAGUACCAUGUAAUAAAUUCACAAUAACGUUAUAAGGUAUUACAUUAUCGGUAAAAAUGUUAUUACAAUAUCAGUCAGGAUAUUUUAUUACAUUAUUGGUGAAGUUAUAACAUUAUUGGGUUUUAUAACAUUUUUACGAAGCCCCUCUGGUGACAUUUGAAAAAAAUAAAAUAAUGCGUGGCCACGCAUUAUUUUAUUUUUUUCAAAUGUCACAUGUUAUUGCUACACUCGCCAUGACAAUACUCUUGCUGUUUAAUAUAAAUAGACUAUAAUUACUGUUAUUAAUGAUGAAUAACCAUCCCACCAAGGAAGUUGCAAGUCCAGACAGUAGGUUAUAAUGCAUCCACGAGUAAAAUAAUGCGUGGCCACGCAUUAAUAACUUGUGGCCACGCAUUAAUUUAUUUUUUUCAAAUGUCACCAGAGGGUCUCCGUACAUUUUCGAUUGAGUUAAGUGCAAAUUUUAUUACAUUUUCAGGCGUUUCAGGAAAUUAUUACAUUAUAGGGUUCUACACGCCCCCCCACUCCUCUCAUCCCUGUCGUUUGUUUCGUUUCUCCUCCUCCCAUCACUCACUCACUCCCCGAGGUGCCAAACAGAAGGUUCUUUUCAUUUCCUGGUCCUCCCCCUUUUGGAGACGGUUCUGGUGGGUCGACGACGGACGGACGGAGGGACAGAGGGACGGACGCAGACGGACUCGGGGCGGGGGGAGGAGGGGAUGGGGUGUCCCCUGUGGACUGACGGCCCUCGUGGACGGACGCAGCAGCACAGGAAGCCUUAACAACACGGAUCCCUUCAGAACCGCCUUUCUGUCACAUCUACCUCAGAGCAGGUGGGAGACUCUGGCAGCAGCAGAACCCCCGACCCGGACCGCCCCGACCAACCACAGUAGUUACACAAACAUUCGAUGUUUUUCUUGUUUCUCCUAAUUAAUGAAUUAAUGAAUUAAAAAAAAAAAAACAACCAGAAAGGGAUCAACUUGGAGCCACUAUUCCUAAACGGGUCCGUGGACUUCGCGGCCAUCCGUUUUUUUUGUUUUGAAAUGACAAAAAAUAGAGAUAUAAUCCAAAAUAAUCCGUUUGUUUUGAUAAUAACAAACGGAAAACAGAUCGUUAUCCAUUAUCCGAUUUCAUUGAUGUGUUUGAAAAUCGAAAUUGAGAAUUAAAGCGAGUGGAAAACUCUUUUCUCUAUUUCCUAUUCGUUUCCAGUACGUUAGAGUUCAGUACAUGUUAUUGAUUGGACGCUGCAGGUGAACGGACUGUCACAACAUCACUGCAGUUUCAUGACGGAGUGAAGACAGAUUACAGAUUAAACUCAUGUUUCACUCCCAGGUUUCAUAUUUGAUUUAUUUUCUGUUUCAACAUUAAAAAAAUCUAAAACUGUUAAUUUUUCAAUCUGAUCAACAAAAGAACCAGAAACAACUUUCUUCAUUUAUUACUGCGCAUGUGCAAUCCCCCCAUUUGUCCAAUCCUUGUUUUCAGUAUCCGACGAAUAGGAAAAAAUACGAAUAGGAAAUAGAGAAAAGAGUUUUCCACUCGCUGUUUAAUCCGUGUAUCAUUCGUUCUUUCCAUUUUCAAUUGUCAAUCAAAAACCAAAACAUGUUAUUUUGUUAUUUGUUUUUUAUUAUAACACAAAAAACGGAAAAACGUCUGUUUUUUCAUAUUUACAUUUUUUUUAAUUUUUUUUAUUUAACCUUUAUUUCACCAGGAAACAAAAACUCAUUUUAAUAUUUAAUCAGUAUUUAAUCAGUAAUUAAUAUUAGUCGCGUAAACCCGACCAAUUAAAUAUUAAAAUCAAAUUCAGUCCUGUGGCCCAUUUUUCUAUUUCGUAUUUUUUUUUUUUUGUUUUUUCGUUUUUCCGUUUUUUGUGUUAUAAUAAAAAACAAAUAACAAAAUAACCAGUCACUUUUUCAUGUUUUGGUUUUUGAUUGACAAUUGAAAAUGGAAAGAACGAAUGAUACACGGAUUCGGUUUUAAUUCCCAAUUUGUAUUUUCAAACACAUCAAUUAAAUCAGAUAAUGGAUAACGAUCCGUUUUCCAUUUUCUGUUUUUUAUUAUCAAAACAAAAGAUGGGGAACGGAUUAUUUUAGAUUAUUUCUCUAUUUUUAUUUUGUCAUUUCAAAACAAAAAACGGAUGGCCGUGAAGUGCACGGACCCUAAACGUCUGGCAGCUAAAGCCUCCCGACACCGACCCGCCUCCUCGCCCCCGGCCAGCGCCGGCCGGCGAGCCAACGGGUUUUUAUCUCACUAGAACUUUAACGAAGGAAGCGCCGGACCCGGGAGGACGGAGAACAUUCGGGCCACUGAGUCAGAAAUCCUUAGAUGUGAAAACUUCCGCUUCUGUUCGGUGAGACAGUGUUGACUAGUUUUUGGUAAACUUUCCCCCGCCCAUUCCCCUCCCUCUACCGCCUCAUCAUUUUGACAUAUCCGUAUGAAAUUGCUUCGUUAUACUUACAUAUUUUAAUACUUGCACAGAUAUAAGCAAACCUCCUUGUGUAGUUUCCAGAUGUUGCAUGUAUCCGACAACAGAGACGCCGUUAAGUGUAAAACUGAACAGAGGAAAAAAAGAAAAAAGAAGAAGAAGAAGAAGAAGCCCUGCUUUGUCCAAAACCAGACCUGCACUUGAUUAAAUGUUUGUGUUUUCAUUUUCCCUCCUGCUCCUCUUCUUUUGUAUUUAUCUCACGCCCUCCUCCUCUUCAUCCCCUCCGGGCUGCCGUGGCGUCGCCGUGGCGACCCCGGAGGGUCCGUUUCUCUGACUGUACACGUUUCCCAUCGAUAGUUUAAAAAAAAUAAGAAAAAGAAAGAAAAAAAGUUCUGUUUCAGUGGAGAAAUGAUUUUUUUUUUCUUUUUUUAAUAAAUUAAUUUAAAGCUGUUUUAAUUUC